GUUUCCUAAACCCAUUAAAGUGACAUCGUCCUCAUCUCGGGCUACUUCGUACAUUUUCUUUCUUUCUUUUUUUGGCAUCUAAUCUAUUCGGGCUAUUUCGUAUUUUUCUCUCUUAAUUAUAUUAUUACGAUAGCUUACUUAGACUUCACUUUUGCGGUUAACAAAAUGACUAAAGUGUAAUGUAAUCGCAUCAAUAAAUUCAGCCUGCGUUCUGGGAAAGAAAAAAAAAAGUUUGGCAGUUAACGGGUUAAGAGAAGUAUAUUGGAGAUACUCGUUGAGAGAGAGAGAGAGAGAGAGAGAGAGAGAGAGAGAGAGAGGGAGGAGGAGGAAGGUGCUGCUACAAGUGGCAUUUAAGUUGUGGUACAGACUCAUAUUUACAUAUCUCUCUUGCUAACUUAUCUGUUGGUGAAGUGUCUGACGUCUCUAAAUAACGCGCUUACUUCUCUCCGUCUUCUUCUUCUUAAACCCUGUUGCUCGUUGAAUUUGAUGCAGCCGUGUGGUGUCUUUUGAUUGUGUGGGAUUGUGUUUCUGAAGAAGGUGGUGGGAUAUGAACAAGCUUUGAAAGGCAACAAAAGUCGUUUAAGAUCCCUCUUGCCCCCGAAUGGAAAUCUAAUCGAAAUGAAAAGUAUUUGGAUGCUGUGCGUCUCCGCGGCGCUGGCGGUGUUCAGCUCGGCCGAAGAUCAAUGUCCGAAAAAAGUCUAUUCGCCUCUCUCUCGGCUGCUCGCUCCGGGCAGCGCCGUGACCCUUCACUGCGGAGGGGACGCCUCGCUCCCGGGUCUCUCGGCGCCGGCCGAGUGGAGUCUGAACGGGAGGCCGCUGCGCUCGAACCCGCAGAGGACCGUCAGCGAGGACAGCGUCCUCAUAACCGCGGCGCGGAUCAACGACGCCGGGAACUACACCUGUCACCGAGGCGGCCAGAUCAUCUUCACCGUGAACAUCACCGUCGGGGUUGCUCCGGAGAAGCCUGUGCUGUCCUGCUAUCGGAAGGUUCCCACUCAGAACGUGCGGUGCGAGUGGAGCGCCACCAACAGGCCGAUCCCCGCACCCUCCUGCAAGCUGCUGGUCAGGAAGCGGUUGAUCGGCCAGUCCUCCCAGUAUAACUGCACCUUCUCCAGUAUGAAGCAGCGCUGCUCCUGCGUGCUGCCCCAUGUGGAGGGGGACACUGUGCUCUACCUGGUCAGUCUGUGUGUCUCCAACAGCGCCGGGGCCCAGAAGAGCGAGGACCAGACCUUCACUGGAGACAGCAUCAUCAAGCCGGACCCACCAAUCAACGUGCAGGUGCACGCCGUGAUGAGGUCAUCGCGGAGUCUCUGGGUCAACUGGUCAAAACCCCUGAGCUGGAGGACUGAUUUCUAUAGACUGCGUUACCAAGUGCGGUACAGGACCGACCAGCAGAGGGAGUACAAGCUGCUCCCCUCGCGGGACCCCCGCCUGCUGAUCUCCGAUGCGGGGCCGCGGCGCCGGUACGAGGUGCAGGUUCGAGGGCAGGAGGAGUUUGAACACGGGCAGUGGAGCGCCUGGAGUCACGAGGCAUACGGACACACCUGGGCAGAACCAGAGCUCCAGACCCAAGGCUACCAAUCCACCCACAGAGUGCACAAGGGCGUGCUUGCUGGCACUGUGGGAGGGACCGUCGACACCCUCUUCUCCCAGUCGGAGGGGUCUGGAUUGGGGGAGGAAGAACUGGAAGUCCAGGCCUCCUCUAACGGCAGUGACCUGUUGGCUCGACACACAGGCUGGGUGACAGGAGUGACUCUGCUGGGAGCCGUGAUCCUCGUCUCUCUCUUCAUUGCACAGUAUCGGAAGAAGCUCAAGGCCCAGCUGUUGAAACUGGGGGGUCUGGCACCCCAUUUCCGGCCCCCCUUUGCCAAGGUGAGGGAGCCCCAAAUGACCUCUGAUCUCCAGGGGAUCCCCCUGUCCUCUCCCCCCAGUUCCAGAGCCCAGGCAGAGGGGAGAGAAGAGCCCGCCCCCCUGUCCAGCCCUGCCCCUCCCUCCCCCCUUCACCUCAUGAAUAUGGGCUACUUCCUGGUGCCCCUCAGAGAGCCACAGGGGGGCCCUUCUCUGGAGCCACGCAGCCAGGAGAGUGAGGAGACUUAACUGUCAGCGACCCCCCCCCCCCCCCAGCCACCCAAAGCCCUUUCUAUUGUACUGCUGUUAUUAGAGCAAUGACAGAUUUCUGUAAAACCUUAAGUUACCACUGACUCACUCACUCACUCACUCACUGUGUGUGACCCUGAGCGAGUCACUUCACCUCCUUGUGCUCUGGAUGAGACGCAAAACAAACGAGCUCCUGUUGGAAGCGACUCUGCAGCAGCAGCAGCAGCAGUUGAUGAUGAAGCAGAGUUCACCCCCUAGUCUCUGUAAGUCGCUUCGGAUAAAAGCGUCUGCUGAAUGACUCAUUAAUAAUGUUGCCAGUGCUUACAAUAAGAAGAGAGAGAGAGUGGAAGAUGGUUAGCUAUCUUUCAAAGGGAGGCACCAGUGAUUAUGUUAAUCAAUCUAAUAAGAGGUAAGAGAAUGGAUUUUACAGACGGUAUGCUCUCUUUCAAAGGGAGGCACCAGUGAUCAUAUAACCAGUGGUAAUGAAUCAGCUGCAUGGCACAUACAUGGAGUUUAAGCCCGUGGGUAGCUCUGCUGUCCUGGGCAGGCGGUAAUGUUGCCCAUGCUGAGAAACCAUCUCUCUCUCUAUUGAGAAGCGAGCUGACGUCUGCAGCCUCCUGGGAGGCUCCAGUCUAGCGCUGGCAAGUCAAACCUGUUUUUUUUUUUUUUUUUUUUAUUAUAAUUAUUUUUGUAAAGCAGCAGUUGCUGUCGAGGCUGCUGUGUGUUUUCGAUGGCUUGCUGUCAGUUUCGUCGAGGGCCUGUGCAGACUGUGGGAGAGCUUGUGAAUAAUGACGAGUGGGUGGGUGGGCAGGCGUGGGGGGAUUUUCCAUCAAAUCGAUGAGAAAUCUAGAAAUAGAGUCAAAGGGAAGUGAAACCAAACAACUCUGAGAGAGCUUAAUGUCAAUGCAACUAUAUAUAUAUAUAUAUAUAUAUAUAUAUAUAUAUAUAUAUAUAUAUAUAUAUAUAUAUAUAUAUAUAAAAAUUCUUGCACAGUUUCCCCCCAUGGUUACCCGAUGCAUUUUUGUCAGGUUCUUUUACACGUUUCCAAGCAUGAAAUAUUGAAAAUAGCUGCACAAAAGCAGCUUUGGACACAUAAUAAAUACUUUUUAUUUAGUUUAUUUUGUUUUCAUUUAAAUUUUUUUCCAGAUUUCUUUCCAUAGUUUUAUCUGGGGGGGGAGUGUGAAAUGGCAUCCACCUUUUAUUUAUUUAUUUUGAAAUAUAUAAAUAUAAUGCUGUAUCACAUUUCUUUGCUUUUCUUAUAGCACUCACCUAAUUCGAAUCACGUUUUUUAAAACUGUACUGUACUGUAAAUAUGUGGGUAGACGUGUUGAUUUCUCAAUUUGUAUAUGAGCUAUUCUGUGUAAAAAGAUCAAUAAAUGUAUAAAGAUUU